CUUUCUGUGUAUUUUUACGCCCCCCCCUGUGGGUCCUGGCACCGAACAAUUCCUCAUUGAGGGGCGGAUAAGCGAAUUUCCCAUCGAUAAUCCCUGUAAAAAAUCCCAUUUUCCAGGAUUUGCGGUCUCUUUAAAAAGCAGCUGUUGGUUUCUGAUCCCUCCGCCGGCGCCACAUCACAGCAGCAGCGGAUCCCUCCGCAGCGAUCGCAUCCUGCAGUGGGAGAGCGGCCGGAGCCCCCCGGGUGACAGCACCAUGGGAGCCUGGGGACUGAGCCUGGGGGUCCUGCACUGCUUGGGGGUCUACAUCCAUCUCAGCGCUGGAGACAAGCACAGCACAGCUGAUGCUUUGUUCACGGAAAUCCCACAAGAUGUUAGCGCACACCCCGGAGAAGAUGUGGAGAUGGCGUGUUCCUUCCGUGGCAGCGGUGACAUUCCCUACUCACUGGAGAUCCAGUGGUGGUAUAUCCGCACCCACAAGGACUGGGCAAACAAGGAAACAUGGGCAGAUAGCCAGUUAAAAUCUCUCCCGGGAACUCCAGAGAAAGGCGCCACCAAGAUAAGCGUGGUCAAGGUCUUCGGCAGCAACAUUUCGCACAAACUGCGGCUGUCUCACGUGAAGAUCUCGGAUGAAGGCACCUAUGAAUGCCGCGUGCUGGAUUACAGUGAUGGAAAAGGAAGACAACACCGUGUCAAGGCCUUUCUUCGCAUUGAGACAGAGUCAGGCCGCCGCGGUUCGAUUCCUCACCGCCAACAGGACACCAGCACUCACCGCCACUUCCAAGUCAAAGAGCUGAAAAAGCGAGCGGCAGAGCCUUGUGAUCAGUGCCAGGUGUAGACGGACCGAGGGUAUUUUUCCCAAACACCCAUGUACGGAGGAGUGCAUGAGAGGCUUCAUACCUUUCUCCAUCUGAAAAUUGUUGUCUACUUGCAAGCAGGAGCGGUCAGUGGAGAACAAGGACUUUACCCCAUCACGUGACUAAUUCCUUUUCAUGGUGAAGGUCAUCGAAGGUGCUCAGACUGUUACUUUUUGUGGACAAAGAAUGGAGCUUCCCUGCCUCUGUCCAUCAUCACCACAUCUCGUCAUUUCAUCACUCAGACUGGACAAGAUGUUGAGUUCAUAGACCAUUGGCAUUAUGGGAAGUAUAGAAUUCCCAGGAUGCCUUUGAGUAGAUGAUCUCGAAAUACAUAGGACGGGGUCAAUGGUUUAUAUAAGCCUUAUUCGAAAGGCCUCUCAUUGACCGAUCAACUUUUCAAUGUAAUAUUUUACAGGACUCGCCAACAUUCUGUGAUGGUCAAAUUACUAAUAAUAUCUAACCAAGUGUUUUAAGAAUUUAGAUGCCCAAAGUGGCGUCAGUGCUUUUAUUCUCCAUGUGUGGCAUAACCAUUGACCGUCUCCAAGUAGUUGCCUUUUCAGCUAAGAAAAUAUGGCUCUAACCUGCUCGCCUUGGCUUGGAAGAGAUGGCCCAGUGAUGAAAACCUACCACCGAAAAGUAAUGUAUAGAAGUAAUAAGCACAUGUAGCAUGGUUUCUUUUGAUGUUGACCGUCUGUUCGAGAUCACUUUGGUACUGCAUUCAUGUUUGAUCUCUACAUCCAGUAUUUUUUUUUUUUUGCACCUUCCCCAUGGACAAUGGGCUAGGGAUUAAAGACUAGUACUAGUUAGCAGGACAACAAGCCCCUCAGGUCUACAACAGGUGGUCCUUGCUGUUCCUUCAUUGAGUAACACCUAAGGUACUGGCACAUGAACGUGUAUAUCUACAACACAUACGUAAAAGUGGACACUGUCCUUUUAUUCAGUAUUUUAGGUACGUCUGAAAAUAUUGAGUUAAUAGAAGCAGUUUAGGACAGUUCUCUUUUGGCCAGAAAGGACAGUGGUUACCAAGAGCGUCACUUUAGCCGACUGUCUAAGGCAGUGUUUCCCAACCUCUAACUCUUGCAAAACUAUAGCUCCAGCAUACUGGAGUUGUAGUUUUGCAAUGGCUGGAGGCUCACUGGUCUAAGGUGUAUGGCAGCCUCCCGACUCUCCACCGACAAACGAGUCCGUGAAGAGAAGGAUGAGCCAUGUUGGAUUUUUUCCGCUUUGCACUUGGAGGGAUAAGCCACUGCCAGAGCUGUCCCCCCAUAGACAACACAUCAACGCUCGUCUGGAAUGAAAUAAAAAAUGUAUGGUCAUCUCAAAGGGGUUUUCCGACGAAAGAAACAACCUGUGUAUGGUGCCAAAGUAGAAUAAGUUAUGUUAUUAGUCAGACUGCCCAGAUCCUCCAUAUCAUCUUUGCUCUCUGCCUUGUAAGCUGUGACGUCAUGUCACAGGCUCUGAAUGCAGCGUUUCCAUCCGCCUUCCCUCCUAUCAAACUAACGAUGUGAAGGGGGAGCUGCUAUUACAGCUCAUUAGAUUUAUGACUCAUGAGAUAAGGCAGCAGUGAGCCAGUUCUGACAGAAACUUCUGUGUUGGGCUCCCUGCUGCCUUAUCUAAGGAGUGAUAAAACUAAUGAGCAGUAAUUCCAGCUCCCCUCUUUAUGUGGAGAAAAUGGAAGGCGCUCACCUUAUAAUACAACAAACUGAGCAAUUAACCGUCUAAACACCUAUACCAUAGGUGUUAAUAAAUAAUGUAAAAUAGAGGAAAAAUGACGGUGCUCAAAGUUAAAUGGAUAUGAUAUCUCAAUAUUACAUUUAUUGUGAUUUUUUAAUAAAUGUAUUAUUGAUGUAUCAUAUCCACUUAACUUUGAGCACAGUCAUUUUUUCCCCCCUUUUUAUAUUACUGGACUUUUCCAGUGCUGACAGGAGGAAAGGGCUCUUCUUUCAGAGCCUGUGACGUGACAUCACAGCUUACAAGGCAAAAAGCUCAGCCAAUAUAGAGAGAUCUCUAUGGCUUAUAACAUGGUUAGUAAUUUGCAUUAUUAUACUUAUUGAUAGCAUAUACAGGUUGUUAAUUUGCUAUACAACCUCUUUAAGAUAUUUGCGAUACGCAGCACCCACCCUUUAAAUCCCAUCUUAAAAAACAAUUGUCUAUAAUUCUCCAAAUAACAUUUGGGUUAUAUAUAUAUAUAUAUAUAUAUAUAUAUAUAUAUACACACAUAUAAAUAAAUAUAUAACAUAGAAACAUCCAUCCAAGAUAGAUUUUGCGAAAGCCUUUUGUUCUUUAGUUGAGUUGGUGUUUGGCCACUACACAGGAAUUGCUUCACCUGCCACCAGCUAUAGUCAUCUUGUAUGAAGCUGGUUUUGCCUCCAGCCAUGCCAGCAGCAAACGGUUUGCAGUUCUUUUCGAGGUAGACAAAGGUUUCGAAAACGGACCGACCUAGAAUUUUUUUUCUAUUCCUUUUUUGUCCUGGGCAUUUAUUGAAGGUGCAUUAGGAAACAACCAACGAGACACUUUUUACCUGGACCUGGAUUGUUGGGGCCGGAGGGACCGAAGGAAGAGCUGUUAAUGAUGGGCAAUACGAUUUCUCAUGGCCUUAGAGCAGUGGUCUCUAAAUUGUGGAUCUCCAGAUGUUGCAAAACUACAACUCCCAGCAGGCCGGAUGGCAUUGCUGUCUCUAAGAGACAUGGAAAGCAGUAAUAAAAAAGAGAGUCCGUACAAUCAUUAGCUGCAGAGUUUUACAACUACCCUGAUCACGCUGCCUGUCUCUUCUGUGUGCAGAUUCUCUAGACUGUAAAAUUGUGAACCUACAGUUGUUGUAAAACUACAACUCCCAGCAUGCCUGGACGGCAUUGCUGUCUCUAAGAGACAAGGAAAGCUGUAAUAAGAGGCGAGUCCGUACAAUAAUUAGCUGCAGAGUUUUACAACUCCCCUGAUCACGCUGCCUGCCUUUCUCUAGACUGUAAAAUUGUUAACCUACAGUGUGCUGUCCGGGCAUGCUAGGAGUUGUAGUUUUGCAACAUCUGGAGGUCCACAGUUUGGAGACCAAGGGCAUAGCUCUUUAAAUAAAUGCUUUGGCAUUGUUUACUACCAGCUGUAUAGAUGUGCUACACAGAUACCAUUGGCCAUUUAUAUGCUGCUGUAUCUGGCACCAUGGAGUCGAUUUACUAUGUGGGUGCUUUAAGUGCUGCUUCCAUACCUGGGAUUUAGGUAAAAUAUGCGGUAAGCCUCUCUAUCAAUGCUUUUUUUUUUUUUUGGUUUAGGUGUGACUGUAAGGUAAAUUCAGUAUCGGAGAGGGCCGUCAUGUUCUCCGCUCAUGAGAUGCAAGUGGUUUCUGGGUUCAGCACUAUGGUGCCCCCUUCUCCAUGAUAUGUGACGCCUCUCUGGAUGUAAAUAAAGGUGAUUGUUCUCCCACGA